AUGGACGGCAAGAGACAUCCAAGCUCGUUCCAGCAGCUCGAGAAGCUGGGCGAGGGAACCUAUGCUACAGUCUUCAAGGGCCGCAACCGACAGACGGGAGAGCUCGUUGCUCUCAAGGAAAUCCACCUAGACUCGGAAGAGGGCACACCAUCGACAGCGAUUCGAGAGAUAUCCCUGAUGAAGGAGCUCAAACAUGAGAACAUUGUUGCCCUGCACGACGUGAUUCACACCGAGAACAAGCUCAUGUUGGUGUUUGAGUACAUGGACGGAGAUCUGAAGAAAUACAUGGAUACCCACGGCGAUAGGGGCGCUCUCAAGCACCACCAGAUCAAGUCUUUCAUGUACCAGCUGCUGAGGGGCAUUGACUUCUGCCACCAGAACAGAGUUCUACAUCGAGAUCUGAAGCCCCAGAAUCUGCUUAUCAAUGGGAAGGGGCAACUGAAGCUUGGCGAUUUUGGCUUGGCUCGCGCCUUUGGUAUUCCGGUCAAUACCUUCUCUAAUGAGGUUGUCACCCUCUGGUAUCGAGCACCGGACGUGCUCUUGGGUAGCAGGACAUACAACACCAGUAUUGACAUUUGGUCUGCCGGAUGCAUCAUGGCGGAGAUGUACACCGGUAGGCCGUUGUUCCCAGGCACGACGAACGAGGACCAAAUCAUCAGAAUUUUCCGCAUUAUGGGAACUCCGACUGAACGCACCUGGGCCGGCAUUACGCAGUUUCCCGAGUACAAGCCUACGUUCCAGAUGUAUGCAACACAAGACCUCCGCCAGAUCCUUCCACAGAUCGAUCCCAGCGGUAUCGACUUGCUCCAGCGAAUGCUCCAACUACGUCCCGAACUGCGUCUCAGCGCUCACGAGGCUCUUAAGCAUCCCUGGUUCAGCGAUAUCGUGAUGCAGCAACACCAGCAACAAGCCCUGCAAGCACAAGCAAGGGCCUAUCCAGGCCAGGGACCAUACGACACGUACUAG